UGUUUUCGCCUCAAAGAGGGCUCAAGAUGGCGGCGCCGGUAUCUGAGGGGACGAGCGGCCUGUCGUCGCGGGCCGUCCCGGGGAGGCCUUGGUAGUCUCGGCCGUCAUGGACCUGCGCCUGGCCGUGUACAACGCGGCCCGGGAGGGGAAGCUGAAGCUGCUGCAGAAGCUGCUGGGCGGCCGCGGCCGGGAGGAGCGUCAGCGUCUGGCGGCGGGCCCGGGCGGGGCGGAAGGCCCGCCGUUGCUGAUCGCUUCCCGCCACGGUCACCGCGAGGUGGUGGAGUACCUGGUGGACCACUGCGGCGCGCGGGUGGGCGCGGGCGGGUCGGUGCGCUUCGACGGGGAGACCAUCGAAGGGGCCCCGCCGUUGUGGGCCGCCGCCGCCGCCGGGCACCUGCCGGUGGUGCGGAGCCUGCUGGAGCGCGGCGCCUGCGUCAACCAGACCACGCUGACCAACUCGACGCCGCUGCGGGCGGCCUGCUUCGACGGGCACCUGGCCGUGGUGCGUUACCUGGUGGGCCAGUGCGGCGCCGACCUGGAGGUGGCCAACCGCCACGGCCACACCUGCCUGAUGAUCGCCUGCUACAAGGGCCACGCCGACAUCGCCCGCUACCUGCUGGAGAAGGGAGCCGAGGUCAACCGACGCAGCCUGAAGGGCAACACGGCCCUGCACGACUGCGCCGAAUCCGGCAGCUUGGAGAUCCUCCGCCUGCUGUUGGCGCGACGGGCGCGGAUGGAGCGGGACGGCUACGCCAUGACCCCGCUGCUGGCCGCCAGCGUCACCGGCCACGCCAACAUCGUGGAGUUCCUCAUCCGGGGGGCGCUGGAGGAACCCCAAAGCCGGGACGCUGCCGCCUCCGAGGAGGUGGAGGAGGAGGAGGAGGAGACGGAAGAUCGGCAAGGAGAGGAAGAGGAGGAGGAAGAGGAGACGGGCGAAUCCCGCGUCUACUGCACCCGAGAGGCCGCGGUGGAGGGGCUGGAGCUGCUGGGCGCCACCAUGGUGGACAAGAAGCGCGACCUGCUAGGCGCCCUGAAGCACUGGCGCCGGGCGAUGGAGCUGCGUCUCCGAGGGGGCGAGGGUCUCUCCAAACCGGAGCCUCGGCAGCGGGUGCUGGCUUACGACUACGCCCAAGAAGUGAGCAGCAUGGAGGAGCUGGAAUCGCUCAUCACGGAUCCGGAUGAGAUGAGGAUGCAGGCCUUGUUGAUCCGAGAACGUGUCCUGGGACCGUCUCACCCGGAUACCUCGUAUUAUAUCCGCUACCGGGGGGCCGUCUACGCCGAUUCGGGCAACUUUGAGCGGUGCAUUAACCUGUGGAAGUACGCCUUGGAAAUGCAGCAGGGCAACCUGGAGCCCUUGAGCCCGAUGACGGCCAGCAGCUUCCUCUCCUUCGCCGAACUCUUCUCGUACGUCCUGCAGGACCACUCGAAGGGCGCCUUAGGGACUCAGCUGGGUUUCUCUGACCUCAUGGUGGUUUUGAGCAAAGGGGUCCGCGAGGUUGAGAGGGCCCUCCAGCACCGGAAAGACCCAGUGGCGGACGCUUCCCAGUUCACCAAAGCCCUGGCCAUCAUCCUCCACUUGGUCUUUUUGCUGGAAAAAGUGGAGUGCUCGCCCGAGCAAGAGCAUCAGAAACGCCAAACCAUCUACCGCUUGCUGAAGUGUCACCCCCGAGGCAAGAACGGCUUCACCCCGUUGCACAUGGCGGUGGACAAGGACACAACCACAGUGGGCCGCUACCCAGUGGGGAAAUUCCCCUCCCUCCACGUGGUGAACCUCCUGCUGGAGUGCGGGGCUGACCCAGACAGUCGGGAUUAUGAUAACAACACCCCGUUGCAUGUGGCUGCCCGGAACAAUUGCCCCCUCAUCAUGAGCGCCCUAAUGGAAGCCGGAGCUCAUAUGGAUGCGACCAAUGCUUUCAAACAGACGGCCUACGAGCUCCUUGACGAGAAGCAGCUCACCAGGGCCAUGAUGCAGCCUUUUAAUUACAUCACCUUACAGUGCCUUGCGGCCCGAGCGCUGGAUAAACACAAGAUCCCUUAUAAGGGUUUCAUCCCUGAAGAGUUGGAAGCCUUCAUUGAGCUGCAUUAGCCAAGAAGGACUCUACUCCCUACUGGUCUCUUCCUAGACCUCUUGCAGCUGGCAGGGAGAGGACUUAGAUUCGUGGUCUUCCUGGGGUCUGGAUUUUAAAAGCUUUGGUUUGCACUUGGCCAGCUUAUGUGGUCUCUGUCUUUCUUCUGUCCAGCCCCUGACAUGAAGAAGACAUCUUUUGCCCAAAUGCGCAAGUGGACUCGCUCUCUGAGAUCUUUUUAAGUCGACGACAGGCUCAACUGCAGUGUUUCUCAACUUUGGCCACUUUAAGAUGGGUGGACUUCAA